AUGCCUACGACGUAUACCAUCAACUUCAACAACAACUCCAAUUCGGACAGCACCUAUGCCUUUUUCGUGAAAAGCCCCGAGCUUUCUCCCACUCCGGGAUCUUAUUUCAGCAACGUCUGGAUUUCCCAAUUUGUUCCAAACGGUGCUACCUUUGACAUUUCGACAACUGAUCAAUUCUACGCAUGGACUGGUACAAGUCCGGAAACAAUUGCUCCAGGUGUUAAAGUUAAAGGGGGUGAUGGUAAACCAGCAAACUUAGCUACAGUCAGCGAAAACGGCAGUGACUACCCUAUGACUACAGAGUCGGGAGCAGCUUUUUUCAAGGCCGAUCUGGAAGACGGCAAAAAGGCCGGUAGCUUUGCUAUCCAAACCGAUGGAUCAUUCCAAAACGGGCAAAAUUACCUUGUUGGCCUCGGUCAGCUCGAUUUGAAUAACGACCAGAUUGUUCCUGUUGCCACAGCUCCCGCUCAACCCGGGUUUGGUUACACGUUCACUCCAGUCGUCAAGUAUUACGUUGCCGAAACAGUCGAAGCCCUGGGCACUGUGGUGGAAAUAGAUGCUGGCAACUUGGAACCUGGGACGAUCGAUUUCACCAAUGGGCCAGGACAAGGCAGAACGACUGCUAAUGUCACCGUGGAUCACUUCAAUCAUUUUGCGGUGACAUAUCAGUAG